AUGAACUUUAAAGGUCCCAAGGUGCAGGCUCCCAAGGUGCAGGGUCCCAAGGUGCAGGGUCCCAAGGUGCAGGGUCCCAGCUCCCAGGUGCAGGCUCCCAAGGCAGGUCCCAAGGUUGCAGGCUCCCAGGUGCAGGCUCCCAAGGUGCAGGCUCCCAAGGUGCAGGCCCACUCCCAAGGUGCAGGCUCCCAAGGUGCAGGCUCCCAAGGUGCAGGCUCCCAAGGUGCAGGCUCCCAAGGUGCAGGCUCCCAAGGUGCAGGCUCCCAAGGUGCAGGCUCCCAAGGUGCAGGCUCCCAAGGUGCAGGCUCCCAAGGUGCAGGCUCCCAAGUGAGGCCAGAGCCUGUGACACGAGAGAUAAGGUGUGAACUGGUCCUUCUGACACACCUGCUGAAGCUCCUGGCCCUUCUGACACACCUGCUGAAGCUCCUGCCCCUUCUGACACACCUGCUGAAGCUCCUGGCCCUUCUGACACACCUGCUGAAGCUCCUGGCCCCUUCUGACACACCUGGUGAAGCUCCUGCCCCUUCUGACACACCUGGUGAAGCUCCUGCCCCUUCUGACACACCUGGUGAAGCUCCUGCCCCUUCUGACACACCUACUGAAGCUCCUGGCCCUUCUGACACACCUACUGAAGCUCCUGGCCCUUCUGACACACCUGCUAAAGCUUCUGACCCUACUGCCACACCUGCUGAAGCUUCUGGCCCUUAUAACACACCUGGUGAAGCUCAUGGCCCUACUGACACACCUGCUGAAGCUCAUGGCCCUACUGACACACCUGCUGAAGCUUCUGGCCCUACUGACACACCUGCUGAAGCUCAUGGCCCUACUGACACACCUGCUGAGGCUCAUGGCCCUUCUGACACACCUGCUGAAGCUCAUGGCCCUACUGACACACCUGCUGAAGCUCAUGGCCCUUCUGACACACCUGCUGAAGCUCAUGGCCCUACUGACACACCUGCUGAAGCUCCUGGCCCUUCUGACACACCUGCUGAAUUUGUUGGAGCGUUUUGGGAUCGUCCGGAGGGAGCGGUGACGGCGGGCGGACCUUCUGGAGGCGUCGCUGACAAAUAUCUUCAGUUCCCGCCCAAGGAGAAGUGCUCACAUUUUGAGAAAGCAAUUAUAGUGACAAUUAUAGGCUGA